CUGGAAAGUGGAGACAAUAUUUCCCCCAACAGCCUGUCUUCAUUCUUCGCAUGUUGAACGACGGUGGGAGGAGACAGUGAACGCAUCACGUGAUCUGCCGCGUGGGCUCCGAGCAUCACGUAUGGAAACCGAAGUGCAGAAAUAAACAGUAAAAGUUGACGCAGUGACUUAGCCGUCGGUCAAGACAAGGAGAGCUACGACGUCCCUCUUUCAGAAAAUGUCAGCCUUGACAAGCGGGGCAGUGCUUUAAACCAGAAGCCAAGUCUUCUGAUCCACGGCUCUCCAGCAACCCCCAGGCCUCUUCACAGAAAUGGGACCUCUCGCCUUUCACAUUUCCCCAAUCCCCUUCCUCCUCUUGGUCCUCCUACUGUCCGACCCUUGCACCUCCGCCAGGCCCACUGUUGUUGAGCGGGCGUCCGCCUCUCAGCGGACCGAGCCCUCUGGUAACGUCUCAGGGAGCGGCAAGCGGGCUUGUGCAGGCCAUGUUGUGUGUAAACCAGGCAUACUUCUGCCUGUGUGGUUGCCCCUCAACCCUCCACAGGGCGAGCGAGCAGGAAGGGCUGUCAUCUACUUCCUGUGUCUCAUGUACAUAUUCCUGGGAGUGUCCAUCAUUGCAGACCGUUUUAUGGCAUCCAUCGAAGUCAUUACCUCUCAGGUUAAAGAGGUGACCAUCACCAAACCCAGCGGAGAGACAACAGUAACUACGGUGCGAAUCUGGAAUGAAACUGUUUCCAACCUCACACUCAUGGCACUGGGCUCUUCUGCGCCCGAAAUCCUGCUUUCUGUCAUUGAGGUAUGCGGGCAUAACUUCCAUGCAGGGGAGCUGGGCCCGGGCACUAUUGUGGGCAGUGCUGCCUUCAAUAUGUUUGUUAUUAUCGGUAUUUGUGUGUGGGUGAUCCCCAAUGGAGAGUCUCGCAAGAUUAAACACCCGCGAGUAUUCUUUAUUACAUCGUUCUGGAGCAUCUUUGCCUAUAUUUGGCUGUACCUUAUACUCGCUGUGAUAUCGCCUGGAGUUGUAGAGGUGUGGGAAGCUGUGGUAACGCUGGUUUACUUUCCUGUGUGCGUUCUAUUGGCUUGGAUUGCUGACCGUCGCAUGCUCUUCUACAAGUACAUGCAUAAACGUUACCGCGCUGACAAAAGACACGGCAUUGUGGUGGAAAUGGAAGGAGACCCUGAACCCAAAGGCAAUGAUGUUAUCAUGGAUGGAAAGAACUCAGAUGACAUUUUGUGCCCUGCAAACCCCUCGAGUGUGACAGUGUCUGUACAAACAGGAAGUGAGAUUGACCAGAACCAAGACGAGGUGGUCCGUAUCCUGAAAGACCUGAAGGAGAAACACCCAGACAAAAACCUUGACCAGCUUAUUGAAAUGGCCAACUACUCUGCGUUAGUUCAUCAGAAGAAAAGUCGAGCUUUUUACCGCAUCCAGGCCACUCGCUUGUUAAUCGGUGCUGGAAACUUACUGAGGAAACACGCUGCUGAAUACUCACGGCGCACAGGUGCCGCAAGUCAGGAAGAUGACAAACUCACAUGCUCUCAUGUUUGCUUUGAAAGUGGUCAGUAUCAGUGCACAGAGAACUGUGGGACUUUGAGCCUCUGGGUGGUUCUUGAUGGUGGUACUGGCCAGAACACUUUCUAUGUGGACUACUGCACCGAAAACGGUUCUGCCAAUGCUGGAGCGGACUAUGAAUUCAGUGAAGGAACCCUAAUAUUUAAGCCUGGUGAUACACGGAAAGAGAUAAUGGUAAAAAUUCUGGAUGACGACAUCUUUGAAGAGGAUGAACAUUUCUUUGUGCGUCUUCAAAAUCUGAGGUUAGAAGAGGGCGGAGAUGAAGGGACAGAACGUUCCCCCAAGGGAAGGCUGGUGGAGCCGCUGGUUGCCACUGUCACCAUCUUGGAUGAUGACCAUGCUGGCAUCUUCACUUUUGGUCAGGGGGUUCUGCGAGUGAGUGAGAGCACAGGAACGUUGACGUUGACGGUGGUCAGGAAUUCAGGCUCGAGGGGUACCGUUUCUGUACCGUAUCACACAGAGGAUGGCAGUGCCAAAUCUGGAGUGGACUACGAAGAGGCCAGAGGGGAGCUGGAAUUUACCAAUGAACAGACAAGUCAGACCUUAAAAGUUCACAUUGUAAACGUGGAGGAGUAUGAAAAACAAGAAAGGUUCUUCAUUGUGCUUGAGGAGCCGAAAUGGCUAAAGCGAGGACUUUCUGGCUUUCCCACCCCUGACGAGGAAGAGGCAAGGAGAAUCUCUGAAAUGGGAAAGCCCAUUCUAGGAGAGCACAGCAGGAUUGAGAUCAUUAUAGAAGAGUCCUGUGAGUUUAAGAUCACUGUGGAUAAACUCAUAAAGGACACAAAUCUGGCUGUUGUGAUUGGCUCCCAUUCAUGGAGGGAGCAGUUCAUUGAAGCAAUGACCGUCAGUGCAGGCGAUAGAGACGACGAGGGACAAGACCAGCCAGUGCCGAACUGCUUUGACUAUUUUAUGCACAUGUUGUGCAUUUUUUGGAAGAUUGUGUUUGCUUUUGUCCCGCCAACUGAAUAUUGGAAUGGCUGGGCCUGCUUUAUCGUGUCCAUAUCAGUCAUUGGUUUCUUAACAGCCAUCAUUGGAGACCUUGCUUCACAUUUUGGCUGCACAGUCGGCCUCAGAGACUCUGUAACUGCAGUCGUUUUUGUUGCUCUGGGGACUUCUCUUCCUGAUACAUUUGCCAGUAAAGUUGCUGCAACCCAGGACCAAUACGCAGACGCAUGCGUGGGGAAUGUGACUGGAAGCAAUGCAGUUAAUGUGUUCUUGGGAAUUGGUUUAGCUUGGUCUGUGGCAGCCGUCUAUUGGACAGCCAAGGGUGAGGUUUUCAAAGUGGACCCUGGUUCUCUCGCCUUCUCUGUCACGCUCUUCACCAUUUUUGCCUUCUUCGCAAUGGGAGUGUUGAUGCUACGCCGGAGGCUGUCCAUAGGUGGAGAACUGGGAGGCCCACGGAUCCCCAAAAUUGUGACGUCAAUGUUUUUGUUCGGACUGUGGUUCCUUUACAUCCUCUUCUCUAGCUUGGAGGCCUAUUGCCAUAUUCAAGGCUUCUAAGAGAGCAUAGUUGGAGACAAUAUUUGCACAAAUGUAUAAGAUAUUCUCUUGAAAGAAGAGGACACUCACUUGGAUAAAACCCACUAUCACCUGACAAACUGCUGCCAUGGUACAAAAAACACACUUGAAUGGGACUCCAGUCUGAAGAAUGGGUUGUCAUGGCAUAGAUCGCUUUGACUAAAGAGCCUACAGUGUUACUUAAAAAAAUGGGAACAUAAUGAAUGUCUUUUAUCUAAGAUUUCAUGUGAGGUUGAUGUUUUUCAUCAGGAUAUUUGAAUCUAUUAACCCACUUUUUUUUUUUUUUAGACAUUAUUCAGACAAAUGUCAAAGUAAUGCCUCUAUUUUGCAAUGUAUUUGAUUUCUUUUUAUCGUGACUUUCUGUAUUGGUUUGUUAUUCUCAAAAUGGGUCUAAGAUGUACACAACCAAUUCAUGUAGAUUGGAACCUUUUCAAGUUGGACCCGUUUAUGUCGACAAUUCGUCAAAGUCCACAAGUCAUAGUCUAGUCAUUUUCUUCUUAUUAGUCGAUGUCGACAUACGGCUAUUGUAAACAUAAAAUUUGAUUUCAUUUAAAUGAAAUAUCGGUCAGAGUAUGUCAAGAUGUGUUGUUUCAGGCCUUUAGCAAACUUAAUCAUUAUUAAGACAAUGUUUUUCCAAAAGCAAAUUUUUGUUGUGGGCCAUGCCACCAAAUCAAUACCGUUUGAUUCUCUCAAAAUGAACUAAAAUAUUUGAUCAACUAUAGUAAAAAUGUAAUAAUACACAAAUUGAACUCUUCAAAAUGCUUAUGGGCCCAUCACAGGUACUUUAACUUUACAGUAUUUCAUAUUUGACAAGUUUCCCUAAGAUGGAUAGGAUAUGAUAGACUUUUAUUUAUCCCACAGUGGGGACGAUAUGUGGUUUCAGCAGAGAUUCUAAAAGUCCACAAAAAAGUAUUUAAUGUAGCGGAAACAUCACAAAAGUGCUACACCUCAAUGUGCAGUCCCAAAAGGGUUUAAACCAAAAGUUAAAAACAUAUAAAAACAAGACAGAAGCUUUAAAGAACACAGAGGACAUAAAAAAGUAAAAAGCUGCCACUUGAGCUGCGUCAUGUUUACAUCCAGCAACAAAAGUAAACCGCAAUGAAAAACUAAAAAUGAGUAAUAACGAAAACAUUAUUGCACACAUACGAUUGCACCAUGCAUACAUAAAUAAUUAAACAAAACCACAAUCUUAACACCCUUAUACACUGUGGUAGUGUAAGUUAACAGGACUCAGAUUAGGCUAAAAUUAUACUCCUCCAUCCAAGUCAUAGAUAAAGUCCUAAAAUUAAUUGAGUACUUUUGAUCUAUAGGCUGUGACUUGUGGAAUAUUCAAUUUUUUCAGAUGGGUAACAUGUUAGCGUAACAGGAGUGAGUGAAAACUCAGGAAAAUUAAAAAAGUGUGAAUUUUAACUUAAUAGGUUUUGUUAAAAAAAAAAAAUACUCGGAGAAAGGAGUAACAUAUUUGUAAAAACAAUACACUAUCUGAAGGAUUUAAAUUAUUGUAUUUCAUGGUUAAGUCUCAUUUUAGGAACAGGGACAGAUAAUAAACUUUAUUUUUCCGGUGUUUAAUUGAGUUUAAAUUAAUCAUUCUAAUUGCAUUUAUUACCCCUGCAAUGCAGGAGGCUAUGUGAUCUCCGGGGUGGGUCUAUCAGUUAGUUGGCAAGAUAGCUCAAAAGGUUAUGGGUGGAUUUUUUAAGGACAUUUUAAGGAAAUGUCCGAAAUGCCACAAUGAUAAGAUGUUGGGGGUCAUCCGAAUCAUUUCUACUACUGUACAAUACUUUACCUUCAAGUUACGAUCUUGUGUGUGUAUGCUAGUGCCCCUCUUUUUUUGUCUUUUGUCUCUAGCCAACGUCACAAUAAACACGCAAGCAAUGUUGGCUGGUUUUGGUUACAUCGACAUCUGCUUAUAGAUUCUACUGUAUAAUGAUAUGGAAGAGUAUGCAGAAACUGUACUGUCAUAGUUACCUCCAGCUCUGUGCUGUUAGAAUCAGACGUCAUGAGAGGGAAAAGCGGGAGAAAAUGGAUGGAUGAAUGGAGAUAAACUUCUUGUUUAAUAUAUUGCAGAAAACACUAUCCAUAUCAAUUUGUUUCAAGUGUUAUUCUGCACCAAAAUGUGUCCAAUCUUAUUGUAAUAAACAUUAAUGAAUGUACUACAAACCCUGUUUCCAUAUGAGUUGGGAAAUUGUGUUAGAUGUAAAUAUAAACGGAUUACAAUGAUUUUCAAAUCCUUUUCAACCCAUAUUCAGUAGAAUGCACUACAAAGAGAACAUAUUUGAUGUUCAAACUAAUAAAAAAAAUUUUUUUUUUUCAAAUAAUAAUUAACUUAGAAUUUCUUGGCUGCAACACGUGCCAAAGUAGUUGGGAAAGGGCAUGUUCACCACUGUGUUACAUCACCUUUUCUUUUAACAACACUCAAACGUUUGGGAACUGAGGAAACUAAUUGUUGAAGCUUUGAAAGUGGAAUUCUUUCCCAUUCUUGUUUUAUGUAGAGCUUCAGUUGUUCAACAGUCCGGGGUCUCCGCUGUCGUAUUUAACGCUUCAUAAUGCACCACACAUUUUGGAUGGGAGACAGGUCUGGACUGCAGGCAGGCAAGGAAAGUACCCACACUAUUUUACUACGAAGCCACGCUGUUAUGACAUGUGGCUUGGCAUUGUCUUGCUGAAAUAAGCAGGGGCGUCCAUGAUAAUGUUGCUUGGAUGACAACAUAUGUUGCUCCAAAACUUUUAUGUACCUUUCAGCAUUAAUGGUGUCUUCACAAAUGUGUAAGUUACCCAUGCCUUGGGCACUAAUACACUCCCAUACCAUCACAGAUGCUGGCUUUUCAAUUGUGCACCUAUAACAAUCCGGAUGGUUAUUUCCUUUUAGUUCUGGACGACACCAUGUCCACAGUUUUCAAAUAAAAUUUGAAAUGUGGACUUGUCAGACCACAGAACACUUUUCCACUUUGCAUCAGUCCAUCUUAGAUGAUCUCGGGCCCAGAGAAGCCAGCGGCGUUCCUUGGUGUUGUUGAUAAUUGGCUUUGCGUAGUAGAGCUUUAGCUUGCACUUACAGAUGUAGCGACCAACUGUAGUUACUGACAGUGGUUUUAUGAAGUGUUCCUGAGCCCAUGUGGUGAUAUCCUUUACACACUGAUGUUGGUUUUUGAUGCAGUAUCGCCUGAGGGAUUAAAGAUCUGUAAUAUUGCUUACGUGCAGUGCUUUCGCCAGAUUCUCUGAACCUUUUGAUGCUUUUACGGAAAGUAGACGGUAAAAUCCCUAAAUUCCUUGCAAAUAGGUCGUUGAGAAAUGUUGUUCUAAAACUGUUCGACAAUUUUCUUACAAAGUGGUGACCCUCACCCCAUCCUUGUUUGUGAAUUACUGAGCAUUUCAUGGAAGCUGCUUUUAUACCCAAUCAUGGCACCCACCUGUUCCCAAUUAGCCUCCACACCUGUGGGAUGUUCCAAAUAAAUGUUUGAUGAGCAUUUCUCAACAUUAUCAGUAUUUAUUUCCACCUUUCCCAACUUCUUUGUCACGUGUUGCUGGCAUCAAAUUCUAAAGUUAAUGAUUAUUUGCAAAAAAAAAAAAACUUUAUCAGUUUGAACAUCAAAUAUGUUGUCUUUGUAGCAUAUUCAACUGAAUAUGGGUUGAAAAUGAUUUGCAAAUCAUUGUAUUCCGUUUAUAUUUACAUCUAACACAUUUUCCCAACUCAUAUGGAAACAGGGUCUGUACAUGAAUCAAUAUUACACUGGCAAGACAUUUAUGUUUAUCGAUUCGACACAUUGUACCUUUGAACUGGCCUGUGGUUUUACUGUGUUUAAAAUGAUCAUUAAUUUCUUUAUCUGUUUUUUUUUUAUAACAUUGGAAUUGAAUGUACAGUGUUUGUAAAUAUUGUAAAUGACAUAAUAUAGACACAAUGAUAAAUUAUGUUAGAAAAGA